AUGGACGUAACGGCUUACAAAGUACCGCAAUGGUUUGAAAAGAGUCGUCAGCUUCGGAAAAGUGCCAAUACGAUGCACGUUGCGUUCGCAUUCGACAUUGCAAUAGUAGCACGUGUGUGUGGGUGCAUGCAGCGCGUGCAGUCGGCGGAACAUGUGGACGUGAAAAGCGGUGAGCGCGGCCUUGUGGUCUAG